AUGAACAAAGGAAUGUUCAACACACCGCCGCGCACAAUGAUAAAAACGCGUGGACCUCUCGCAAGAGAAUCGUUACCAACCACUGAAGAUAAAAGUAUAGUCCUUCCACGUAAAGUGCGAUUUGAAAUAGUGGUUCCGAAAAAUGACCUGAAAGAAAUCGCCAAACAGAUACCUAAAAUGGAGGGAAGUUUGAAAGUCGAACUUACCAGUGCAGCAUCAGUUCAUUCGAAGAAAAGAUCCACUAGAUCAUCUUUAUUAGCACGUAGGAAACGACUAGAGCUGGAAGCAGCUGAAGCAAAAGCUGAAAUUGAGAAGAAACUGUUAGAAAAAAGGUUAGAAGCUCAACUCGCUGCGCUUGAAGGUGGGUCAUCGCGAAAAUCUCAAUGCAAUAGAAGAGAUUCUCUUGCUGAGGCCUCAAAUAAAGUGGAAGAAUGGCUGAACAAAAAUGGGUCACGGCAACAACGCGGGCAGCGGAGAUACCGCGCGUUGUGCUUCACCCCCUAG